CCAUAAGGUGUCUCCUGGACACACCUUCCCCAGGUAUAAAACCGUGGCAAGGCGACAACCGAGAGCAGCACAUCCAACCCCAGGGAGCAGGAGACCCCGCCUGAACCGGGGAGCGAAUUCUCAAAGCUCCAGAAAACCACCGGGUUAUCGUUAUCUUCCGAAAGGGGGGGAUUUCACCCAAGACAGCGAAGAGCCGAUCUGUCGGGAGUGAGCGAUGGGUUGUCGAUGCGGCAAGAAGCGAAAGGAUUGCCAAGAACUCACCGAUGUCGAGCGAGCCAUCGAAAUUGUCAUCAACAACUUCCAUUGCUACGCCGUCAAGGGACACAAGGAAUGCCUGACGCCCAACGAAUUAAAAGACCUGGUUGGACAGAGGCUACCACACUUAGCCAAGGGAGUUGAACCUUUGGAUGAGAAGAUCGAAUGCCUGGGAGAUAAUGAAGAAGCGAAACUCCAGUUUGGAGAAUACUGGGACAUAAUGGGAGACGCUGCCAAGGGCUGCCGAGUGCCAAAAGGGAAGAAGUGAAGAGGCUGAGCCGAAUUCGAAAGACGACCUCAAACCCAUUGCGUAGAAGAACUGGGCGAAUCUCAAAUGUGUUAUUUCAUGCAGUGUUAAUUAUUUGGGGGGACUUAUAUGAUCCACUCGAUUUUCCUAACCUAGGUUUUUCUUGUCUCGAUAUCAAGAAAUUUUUCAAUCCCGGAGCCAGAAGACAGAAAUUUCAGGGUUUUAAAAAUAUAUAUAUAUAUAUAUUAAAGUCUUUUCUAAUUUUAAUUUUCAGAACUCGUGAUGCCAAACUUUUGAAUCUUCUUACAAUUUGAAGCUUUGUUUUUUUAAGCCGAGCUCUGAAAAAAAAAUCAUAAACGAUUCUCCGGAUCGAGAAUAUUUUUAAUUUUCAGCUCUGAUGUUGGCAGUGUUUCAUUCUGGGACUAUUUAAAUCUCCAAUUCUCCACAUUUUUUUUUUUUUUUAAUAUAGCGGCUGAGAAUUUUGCUUCGAAAACCCCUGAAACCUUUCAUUUUCAAAUGUGUACCUCAAAAAUGCCUUAAACAUUCUGUUAAAUAUAUAUAAAGUAUAUAUAUAUAUAUAUAUAUAAAUAUAUUACCAAAAAAAAGUUGCACAUAGAAUUUUAUAUAUCGCUGCCAAAACCGGAAUGUGAUAAAUUGAAUUUAAAACUCGGA